AUGUCUAGUUCAUUCGCGCAACAUCGUCAGACAUCUGGCAACACCAAUAGGAAUCAGCAAGCACCAAGUGCGAGUAUACCGCGGAAUUCGGAAGAAGUAGGCAAUGAUACCCAAACUAUUUUCAGACCCGAGAAUUUCAAUGCCAUUGAAGAAGUAGUAAUAGGAGAAAUUGUUGCUGAUGCAUUAAGUGAAGGCAUUAACCACGAUGCAACUGCAUAUCCCAUAAGACAGGGAUCAGAUGAGGCUGCGGAGAAUGCUGACAUAGCCGAUAUGGAAAUGUAUGUUGAAGAGAAAGAGAUAUUCGACGAUAACGGUACCGUAGAGGAUGACGAGGGGCGUUACUUGGAGCAAAGAAAUCUCUCAUUCUGGUCACAUUUUGUUGGUAUUGUUAGAAAGAGUGCGAUCAAUUUGGUUUUACCAUUCAUUAAUGGUAUGAUGUUGGGAUUUGGGGAGAUUUUAGCCCACGAAAUUGGGUUCCAUUACCAUUGGCAUGGAGCAAAAGUUGAACCCCCUAGACGUCUAGCUCAAAGAAGAUUAGAGGAGUCAGGGUCAAAAUACUUGUAG